ACUUUUAGCACUGAUGCCGUAGCUUACAAACUGCGCGUUGUUCUGGAUUGUUCUCUCAGCCACGGAGUAUGGCUGACAUCUUGAAAGUUACGUGGAAAAAAGCAUUUUCAGCAGAAAAAAGGGCGACGACAAACAAAAUGAACCCAUUCAAAGGUGUUUCUGGUCGACGCUGCAAGCGCAAGGCAAAAGUUACGAAGCCUGAAAUCAAGCAAGAGCCUGGUAUUAAGGAAGAGCCCAACGACGGCGAAGAAAGUGUCAUGAACAUACCACGGCCGAGAGUUGAGGGAGGAUAUCGUGCGAAUUACGACGGACCGGUCGACUUUGGCUAUGACUUCGAUGUAGUAAAGGAUGAAAUGAAAUGUGAAGAAGAAGAAACGGUCAAAGAAAAGGACUCAGCACGUCGUGAACGAUCGAAUGAAGGCGCCGCCAAUGACAACGACGUGCCUAUGGAUGACACAAUCGAUGUUCAACCACUGCAACCAGUUGGCAGUGGAAAGAAACGGAAUAAAAGCUCCAAACGACAAAACAAACAAACUAUUCCCAGGAAUCAAGUGACCAAAAAGCAAAAGAAGCACAAAUGUCAUGUGUGCAAUCAUUUGGCAAGAGACAAGUUUAACCUCAAAGUACACUUGCGAACUCACACUGGAGAAAAGCCGUUUCAGUGUGAUGUUUGUUCAAAGUCCUUUGCACGAAAAGGUGAUUUGAACAAGCAUAAGAAAACGUAUGGUCCGAAACCUCAGUUUCGUUGUUCGAAAUGUUAUCAACGAUUUGAACACGAAUCCGAUAAGAUCAAUCAUGAAAAGUUAUGCGAUCCUCUCCAAUUCGAAUGCGACAUUUGCGUAUAUAGAACGAUCAACAAAUCACAUUUGACAGUUCAUAUGCGGAUUCACAAUGGG